AUGGAGAAACCGGAGCAGCGAAGCAUGCAUCAGCAAUCUGCGCGUCAAACGGUUGAACCAGGCGAAAAAUCGGUAUCAACGUGCAAAGGCACGUCGUCGACCAAUGAUGCAGAGCCGUCGCCCGCAUCUCUUACGUUUUCUUCAACUUCACUUACUGGUGCCUUACGGUGCUCUGGCAGUAAGAACAAAGUUGUGCCAGCAGAGAAAGCAAAUGUUUGCACCGAGAGGGCGAAGUCAGUUGCAGACUGCAAAAACGGAAAGCCUCCAGAAAAGCAGACCGCGAUAGGCGACCUUCUCGGGCUAGGCACGAAGAUCGAGGCGGAACAUAAAGCCAUCGAACCCGACAUACAAGAGUGGAGGUUGACGCUUGACAAAUCCCAGCUCCCCUUGGCAGACAAAGCCUUCUUCAUUGGCUGUCAAUAUGAUGACAACGACAGCCAAUCUAAAUGUAAUCUUGCGGUGACUGUGCAAGCGAGGUUAUCUGCUGUGGAAGGAAACACGAUCACCUGCGCGUAUGGGAAGAAUAGCAAUUCUGCUGGGCCUCUCAACGUAGAGCUAACAGAAGAGAAGAACUCGGUGACAGUUAAGUGCGGGACGGCGGGUUCGUUCCGCCCAGAGAAUCACGACCAAUUCUGUCUUCCGAGCUCCCCGUACCUUGAGAAGUGCACGAGAAAGAUGAAAGAGAUUCUCCCAAAGUUCGAGGCAUCAUGGUGGGAUAUCGGCGACGAUAAAACGUCAACUUUGACGAUCCCGCGUACGGCCUUUCCCGCGGAGGAGCAGCAGUUUCUUGUAGGCUGUGUUUACGUAGACGUUUCAAAGAAGCAAGAAGUGGCACAUCAAGUUGAGCAGGAAGAGGAAGAACAGAAAGGUCCCGAAGAAGAAUCUUCCACAACGAGCUGCGGGGUGCUUGUGACUUGCCUGCUCCCAAAAACCCUGAAAGCGAAGGCCUCAUCUGUUGUCAACAACGUUGGCACCUGCGCCUACGGGGAGGACAGCAACAAGGCAGGACCCUUGAAGGUCGAGGUUAGCCCUGCCACGAAAAAACUGAUUCUUGACUGCGGCAAGGACGGUUCUUUUCGCCCCGAGGGUUUAACCACUUUCUGCAACACCGGCGCGGACAAACUGGAGGAGUGCGCGACCAAGGGUUUCCAAGAUAUUCUCCCAAGUUUUGCAAAUGAUUGGUGGGUGCCUAACGAGGACAAAACGUCCUCAACACUGACAAUCCCGACUUCUGUGUUUCCUGCCGCGGACCAGGAGUUCCUUGUGGGGUGUGUCUUGAACAAAUCCUCCAGUGAGGGCGGUCAGAAAGAGAGUCCGCCGACCUCCGAUAUCAAGACGUCCGCUUUCAUUCUUCUGUAA